UUGUAUUGAUCAUUUGCGAUUUGUUUGUAUGCUCUAGAUUGGUGUUUUUUGUAUGAUUAAUUUGUAUGAGAAAGUUGAUGUUAAAACUUUUAUUUUGAAAGAAACUUAUUAUUGUAAAUUUUUACCACAAAAACCCACGGGUACCCAUGAACCCGCGGAUACCCAACGGGUUUUACCCUGGGUUUUUUUGACGAAUAAACCCAUGAAUUUGGGUUUGGGUUUGACAAAACCUGUCCCAACCCGACCCAUUGCUUGCAGUCGGAAAUCCCAAUUAAUCCCACGCCCUUCUACAUCAAUUCUCCGAUCUCUUACUCCGUCGGUCGCCCCAUUCUUUCUUGACGAGUGCAGACUGCAGAGUAUUCAAUUCUUCUAAAUCAAAAACCCUAAUUUUCUUCUCCGACCUCGAGAUAUCGUCGACGAAAUGUCACUCUCUCUGUAAAUUACUCAAUCCUUCGGAAACUCAAAUAACCCCUCGCCGCCCUUCUACAUCCGAUCCGAUUUCCUUCUCCAGCUUUCGGCCCUCCUAUUCCCAUUCAAGGUACUGCAUACAAAAAUUUUCAACACCUCUACAUCACAACUUCGAUUUUCUUCUUCAGCUUCGAGGUAUCGUUGAGCAAACAUCACUCUUUUCAUUCAGUAUGCUAUUAGCUAACAGAAGGUUUGUUUCGAUUAUUCCAUCUUUCUUUCUGCUUCGAGACUAAUUAGCCUGGGUUUUUAUCAUCUGCAGAAUUUAGUCUCCUAGAAAAUAGUUUAAGCCUGGGUUUCAUAAAAUUUAGACUUUUACAUUGUAAAUAGUUUAAGCUUCUAUGUUUUGAUUAUCCUUCUCCUAGAAAAACUUGGAAUUUCAUGUUGAAAAUAGUAUGCAUUUGUGUGUGCGCAUAACAACAGCAGCUUAGUUUAGUGUGUUUAUCACAACAACAAUUUACUUUUACGAGUUUAUGAUAGCAUCCACUUGAAUUUUUGCUUGUAAUUUUGCAUUCAUAUUUCUAAUUUUCAAUGACAUCCACAACAAGGUUGAGUAACAGUUUUGUUUAUAAACUUUAUAUAGGAAUAACAGUAGGGAGGUUGGCUAAUUUUUCCUCGACUUGAUCGGUAGGCAUCAUUGUCAAUAGAUUAAUCUCAGGAGAAAAUUUCACUAAUGGAGUCGAGAUGACAACUUUUUUCUGCUGGUCUCUCCAAAAACUAAGAUAAGAUGUUCCUAAGAUAAAUCGGCAUCUUUGACGCUUUUAGGUGUACAACCUAACUAGUUUUACCCUUAUAGGAGCGAAACGAGUCAGCGCAGACCUAACAGAAGAGAAGACCAAUCGGUAGCCACCCGUGUCGCUGAAGCCUGAAAGCAAAAGCUAUCAGACCGACGAAAUCCCAACUCUGCAUCCCUUCCGGUCUACCUUCACAAACGUCGGCUUAACAGUCACCGCCGAGAAUGAAGGUAGUAGCUCUGGUCAGCGGCGGCAAGGAUAGCUGCUAUGCCAUGAUGAAGUGCAUCCAGUAUGGUCACGAGAUUGUGGCGUUGGCAAACUUGAUGCCGGCCGAUAUAACAGUCGACGAGUUGGAUAGCUACAUGUAUCAAACUGUUGGUCACCAGAUCAUAGUCAGUUACGCUGAAUGCAUGGGUGUGCCUUUGUUUAGAAGGCAAAUAAAGGGAACUACCAGGCAUCAAGAGCUGAACUACAAGAUGACUCAUGGCGAUGAGGUUGAAGAUAUGUUUGUUUUGUUGAAAGAGGUUAAGAGGCAGAUCCCUAGUGUUACUGCUGUGUCUUCUGGUGCAAUUGCAUCAGAUUACCAGAGGCUACGAGUAGAAAGUAUUUGUUCAAGGUUAGGGCUCGUUUCUCUAGCAUAUUUAUGGAAACAGGAUCAGUCGUUGCUCCUUGAUGAAAUGAUAGCGAAUGAGAUAGCGGCUAUUACUGUGAAGGUAGCAGCCAUGGGGUUGGAUCCUGGAAAGCAUUUGGGUAAGGAAAUAUCAUUUCUGAAGCCCCAUCUCCAUAAGUUGAAAGAGCUGUAUGGUAUUAAUGUCUGUGGUGAAGGGGGUGAAUAUGAGACACUGACACUUGACUGCCCACUCUUCACAAAUGCCAGAAUUGUACUAGACGAAUCUCAAAUUUUCUUAGACUCUCCAGACUCGAUUGCUCCAGUGGGGAUUCUCCACCCCUCGAAGUAUCAUUUGGAGAGGAAGGGAGAGCCCGUCUUUAUGCACGGUAGUGAUAAAACCCUUGAGUUCCUUCAGAAAGAAGUAGGUUCUGUAUUUGAGGUGCAGGGAGACUGCUCAGAAGAAAGUGAGAACACUUGCCAAGCUGUUGCUUGCAGCACUGAUUCCAUUGCACAUUCAGACAAUCGGCUUUGCAUCUCCAGAACUAGGAAGGAAAACACCUUUUCAAUCUCAUGCUGGUUGCAAGAUUCAUCAAAAACUUCUGCAGGUCUGAAGGAAGAUCUUAGCAUUAUUCUUAAGCACAUUGAAUCUGAGCUGGCAGUAUAUGGGUUUGGCUGGGGGCAUGUCCUAUAUAUCCAUCUCUAUAUUGCUGAUAUGAAUGAAUUUGCUAUUGCAAAUGAGACAUAUGUGGCAUUUAUUACACAGGAGAAGUGUCCCUUUGGGGUUCCAUCCCGCAGCACGAUAGAACUGCCUUUGUUGCAUGCUGACUUGGGGAGAGCCUAUGUUGAAGUUCUAGUGGCAAAUGAUAGAAGCAAAAAUGUUUUACAUGUUCAAAGUAUUUCCUCCUGGGCACCAAGUUGCAUCGGGCCGUAUAGCCAGGCAACUUUGCACAAGGAGAUACUCUAUAUGGCUGGGCAGCUGGGGCUCGACCCUCCCACUAUGACUCUUAGCUGUGGCGGUGCUAUUGCUGAGCUGGAACAAGCACUAAAAAACAGUGAAGCAGUGGCAAAAUGCUUCAAGUGUUCCUUAUCCACCUCCGCCAUUUCAUUUAUUGUGUACUGUUCGAGUCAUGUUCCAACAUCAGAGCGGCAAGCAAUCGAAGAUAAACAAAAAUCUUUCCCUCGAGAACUGAGACUUUCUCAAAUAGAUGGAGGGAGCAAGUGCAAAGUUCUGGAGCCUACAGUUUUGUAUGUUCUUGUGCCUGAUCUUCCAAAGAGAUCAUUUGUAGAAGUAAAGCCCACCCUUUUUGUCCCCGAAGAAGACAUAGAAAGCCAGGAGGUCGCUGAUGGAAAAAGCUUAUCUUCCAGCAUAGCCCCCAAGAGCUGGGGAUUUGAGCGAGCAGACUGGCAAAAUACUUGCAUUCAGAAAUGUGUCAUAAGUGGGAAGAUAUGUGCAGUUCUGUUAUCUAUAACAACAAAUAUCGCGGCCAAGAUAGUUUCCAAGACUCUUGAAACAAACGAUCGUCAUCAAGUUCCUCCGAUGAACUUUCAUCUGAAGAGGGUUACGCAGUUCUGUAUCUAUCUGCUAGAUGAAGUCGUUGCUGAGAAUAAUUUUUGCUGGCAAGACAUAAUGAGCUUGAGAGUGUACUUACCAACCGGGCUCGGCUUGAAACCAGAGGCUGUGUCUCUCAUGUUCAAAGACGUCCUGGCUGAGACAGGCUACACGGCUGAGCUCUUGUGCAAUGUUGUUCCGGUGUUGGGUGUAAGCACUUCGGCAGCAGCCAUGGACGAUUUGCUCGUUUGUGAAUUAUUUGCUCGGCAAUCAAAAACUCUGCUGCAGUUUAAAGGGAAGUUCAACUAGGCCCAAAAUCAGAGCUUACCGUCGGUUCCAAAAAGGUGAAAGCGACAACCGAGUAGUCAGGCCAUUUCCAUCGGCGGAUUAGUUCUCUUACCUCGUAAUUCUCCACCGGAGACGAAGUUAUUCCGGCACUCUGUUUUAGAUUUUCAAUCGGUAAGCAUUGCCCCUCGACCCGAAUCCCUCUCUUCCUCCAUCUCCUCCCUCGUAUCGCUUCUGCUCUUCUUUCAUUUUAUGACUCUGUUCUCGAUAUAGUUUUCAGGAGUAGUAGGAAGAAGAAGAGGAAAGAAUGGCGAAGUCUUGCAAGGGCCUCGCUACCGAGCUCGUCAAGUGUCUAAGCGAAUCAGACUGUGUUAAAGUUGAGAAUCGUUCCAUCAGGGAUUGUGCCGGAGAGAAGAGUCCCUCCGUUUCCAGUGAGUGCGUCGGACUUCGGGAAACCUAUUUCAACUGCAAGCGAGGCCAGGCAUGUUUUGCUAUCAUCCUCUUUCUCAUAGCUCGAUCUUCAAUUUCAAUCUGGAUCUCAGUGUCAUUACUACUUAUUAGUAUAGUUUCUUGCUGAAAAACGAUAUAAAUGGCGUGGCUAUGGCCAAAUACUGAGCUGGGUCCGAGCAAACUAUACUAAUUCAACAGCUACUACUAACUGUGUUAUGUAGGUUGAGGUAGGUUUCCGUCUUAGCUCUUGCUUCAUUGGUCCAGGAAGGUAUACCUGUGGAUGGUUAGUCCCUAUGAGUUUGUUAGGGUUUGUUCCUGCAGCAGCCAUGCUUCCCCGUUGAGGAAUUAUUGUCUGUAUUGUUCGUUGCUUUUAGAAAAUUGGAGACUUGAAUCAUGCCUAUGAUUUCAUAGCUAUCUUAAUGAGUUGAACAAUGUACACCCGGUCAAUCCUUAGAAGUGGAAGUAAUAUAUAUCUGUCAUUUGCAUCCACACAUAAUCCGUCUAGUUUGAGAUGAAGUAUGACUUCUGCAAGAGGGACAGGGAAAAAGACCAAUGAACCUGCUUUGUGGUAUAUGUUUCAAUGGUGCAAACGUUUGUUCUAGUUUUACUAAAAAUUGCUUACUUGUUGAAGUACUAUUGAUCUUGUAUCCUGGUCUUUUACUGAGGUUUUUAGUUAAGCGUAUCAAUUAGUUUAAUGAUGUUUUUGCUGUAUCUACUGUCAGGUUGGUAGUUUGAACUGUGAUUCGAAUCAUGGUAUUCUAGUAGUAGUAGUACUGUUCCUCUUAGGAAUGCCUUCUUGUUUGAGUAGUAUGGAUCUGGUUUUGUGAUCCUUAUUUACAGGUAGUAUUUGUGAAGCAACUGCAACGCUUGUUCUUACUAAUUGAACCGAUUCAAAAUUUGAAAAAGUGAAUUGAUUGUGUUGUUGUUUUUUUUUCAUGAAUUGAAGAAAUUGAUUGUUUUUUCGGGGUGAAAAGAAAUCGGGCUUUGCAACCCUUUUCUUUCUGUUUGAGCCUUGUACCUGUUGUGAAUGUACAUACAGUAUGUGUAAUGUAUUUGAGAGGAUAUGAAAUUCCUCAAGCAUUGAGGAAGGAGGUAAUAAAAACGAUGCCAGAAUUGGCCUUCCGCCUAGGGAUGGCAACUUUGCCCAUACCCAUGGGUUUCUUACUAUCCAACCCAAUUGGGUUGGGUAUGAAAUCCAAAUAGAUGGAUAUGGGUAGAGCUUGAUGGGUUUGUACUCAUACCCAUUUACUUUGGGUUGAGUUGGGUUUAUAUCAAAUGGAUUUGGGUUUUUACCCAUGCCCAAAUACAAAUUACAGUUUGGU